CGUUAUCGUUUCGUUGUAAAUGCCGUCCGUUUAAUUUGUAGCUGCUCCGUACGCGUUUUUUAUUCAACCGUGUCGUAAUCAUGGUGAUUGGUUCGAAAUUGUUUCAACGUCGGUUCUGGAGGUACGUACACUUUAAUAUUUUUUUUUUUUUUAUAUGCUUUUGUUCGUUUUUAUCGGACGACACAAAACGUACCUACCACACAAAUGUAAUUUUCAAUUUCAACAAACCCAUAACGCAUACCCCACGUGAUCAAAAGUUUUAAGUUUGUAGCCGUCGGACUCUGCAUAAAUGACUAUAAUUCGAUGGGUACCUAUAGUGGCUAGUGCCCGGGCGUGAUAUCUUAAAAGACGCGUUAUUUCGUCUGAAAAACUACGUAAAUGUAGGCAGGUGAAUGAUAAUAAAAUGAUUAGCGAUUAAACGAUUAAGUAGGUGCCCAUCACCUAGUCGACUGUUAACGAUUAUCGUAAACGCAUAUUAUAUUUUUAUUUCUUGUAAAAAAUAUAGGUACGCGUAUAGUGUUAUAUUUCUGGUUCCGGCGAAGUCAGUGGGCCCGAGUCAGUUUUCGGCAUCGUUCUUAGGUAAUUUUUUGCUUUUUUUUUUAUAAUCGGUGUAAAUUGCGCGAGUGUUUUUUUUUUUUUUAAAUUUUCGAAAUUUAAUUCGCUCGUAUUGAAAACUGGACAAAAUUGACUUCCCCGGGACCAAAGAUAUUGUUAUUAUAAAAACGGAUUUGAUAAUAAUAAAUAAAUAGUAUUAUCUACGGUUUAGUAGGUUUUGUCUAAACCUACACGGAAUCGUGCGAUGAUUAUUUUAUGCAACUAGAAAACGACUUGUCCGUAACGUGGAAAUAACGUUAAACGCAUAAUAUUGUUGGGCCGCUUUUUAAUUGAUAAAAUUGUAUUCCAAUGCGCAGCGUUAACAAAACGAAACGACGUUAACUCGCCAUUUCGUAUUUCACGUUUUUCAAACGAAAUUUAAUAACGCGGCUUUUUACUGAUAUUCAUGUGGUAGGUAUUUUUCGAGAUUCUGAGUGAAACGAGGAAUAUAUUGGUUUUACAAAGAUAUUUAUUUUCUAAUUCCUAAGUAACACUACCGGGGGGGUAGGUAAAAAGUGAAAACGCGUAGAACGUCAUCUUCGAACUUUUGUAUUUGCCGGUUGGUACAGUAGGUAACAACACUACAAUACCAUAUAAUGACCUCAUAAUUUCGGCGUUAUUAUAGCGGAUAUCUAGUUUAAUCUAUGAAUUGCGCGGGCGUCUUAAAAAAAUGCAAUGUAAAAUGUAAAAAGUGUAUGGCACACGCUAGAUUACUUUUAGUUCGCCAUUGACAGGGGCAACGUCGGGCGCGGGACAGCUAAUAUUAAAAUAUCUCCUAAAACUGUCGUUUAGACAGUUAAAAUAUGUCUCGACGUUGAACAAAAUAACCACCGAAAAUAAAAAAUAGCCGAUAAAAUCCAUGGACCUUACGUUUGUGGACGGAACAACCAGACCUGGCGCAGCAGGGUAGUGCAGCCAUGACAAGUAAAAUCGCAGUAAUGCCCAUUCUUUGGAACACGAUUAUUAUUUCACGAUAAUCAUUGUGAUAAUAUUGGCGCGUGAAGACAACGGCCGAAUUUCGUAACAAAAUAUAUUGUGCAUUUUUAUGAAUAUACAAUCCACACUAUACCGUAGGUACUUCAAACAAACUACAGCGUGUUGCGUCUAUUAUGCAUAAACGAUCGUCAACGUUUUAACGGAGAACUAGAGAUAUUUAACGAUACGUAAACUAAAUUGAGUUGCAUAAACGUUUUGUAAAUUUUAACGGACCAUUAGUUCAAUCAUCCGUUUUCGGCUUUAUAAACGCUAGCGACUCAUUAAAACGUGUUAUCACUAGUCUGUUAUCAGUUAUCAAUAAUUUACCUAUACACAUAGCGAUGUAAAAAUAACAUUGUUUAUCUAUCUCGAUGCCUUUAUAAAAACACCAUAAUAUAAUAUUGUAUUUAUUUUAUUACUGACUGACAGGCAGUUGGUUAAAUCAAUUAAUCAUUAGUAUUAUUUUCAUAGCAUUAAUUAUAGCAGUUUAUUUACGAUUCAUCGACUAGUGAUAGCGAUGAUGAAUCUACAAUAGAAGUUGUAGUACGUUUACCAAAACCAAUGGGUGUUUCGAAAUGGUUGUCAUUAAAAAUAUAUAUAUUUUUUUUUAAUGAGAUUGUAACAGGGUAUCCCAUUAUAUUAUCUCCGGAGGUAAUAAAGAUAAUCAAAUUCUGUUGUUUUUUUUUUACGUAUCACUCACCAGGAUUAGAACUACACAUUUUUAUAUUGCAAUUAAUUUUGGUGAAAAAACGUACAAAAAAUAACUUUUUACUUAUUAUUUUUGAAAAAUUUAAAGAUAGCAAUUUUAAAAAGUUUAUUUUUCCGAAAAUAUUGACGUAUCAACUUUUAAUUGUUGAUUAUUAUUGUUACGACUAAUUAACUGUACAAUUCUUUUCUCUAAUUUUAAAAAAAUAUAUUAAAAAUCACGAAUUUAAUGAAAGUAAAAAGUUGUUUGUCAAAAUUUUCAAAAAAAUAAACUUUAUAAAAUGGAUAUUCUUAGAUUUUUCAGAGUAAAGUAAUUUUUUAAAUAUUUUUACCGAAUUUUAGUAUUUUAUUUUGAAUCGAUUUUCUACUGGUCUGAACUCUCAGCUAGUUCCUUUUGUUUAUAUAUUGGACGGACAUACAUAUCACGAAGUAUAGUCGAGGUCGUACAGAAUGAGACAUAAGUACUGAGAAAAAACAAAUCUUUGACAAACUUCUAGCGACGAUUCAAAAUUAUAUCGGUUGAACUAUUUUAGAUUCUGAGUAGAGCGAUUUUUUUUUCUUUGUAAACAAGUUUUCUACCAACAAUUUUGCUCGUAUUUUCGAGUAUAACACUUUCUUUAAGGAAAUCUAACUGAAGUGGUACUUUAGGGAGGUAGUUUUUUUUUUUUUUUCUUAAUUGGUUUUAUAAUAAUAGGGAAAAACCUAAAAAAAACACUGGAAAAGCGGGAAAUAACGUAGAAAAAACGGAAAAAUAGGUACAAUAUUAAACAAAUAGUGUUAAAAUAAUAAUAAAAUAAUGUUUAAUACAUAUAUAAUUAUAUUUUACCAUAAUAUGCCAUAUACCUAUAUUGUUGAACGCUAUCAACCGAACUCCGCUCAGAAUCGUUUUUUCGUCAGCAAUGGUUAAUAUCGAUGUGCUCAGAAUAGAUUCCUGCCUAUGCCCUACCUUCCCAAUUUCCCACCUAAAAUAGUGGCUGUACUCGUCCUCAUUAUCCUAGGACGGCUUUUUUAAAAAUCGCCCCACUUCAUUAGGGGAAAAAAUGAAAAAAUAAUAUUUUUACUAACCGAAAAAGUGUUUAUCAAGGGGAAAAAUCAAAUUUCAGAAAAAAUAAUACUAAAGAUUUUUCACUCAAAAUCUAAAAAAUAAAUAUGUACACACAUUUUGUUUUUAAAUUUACAAAUGCGAAUAGAUUGCCUGGGAAUUAGAUGUCAACGAAUUCCUCUGUGAAAACAUAACAGUAAUUUUCGUUUUUAAUUUAGUCAAAUAACUGUUGGUCUUAGGUCUAUUAGAGCCCGAGUAGCUAUUAUUAACUGUAUUUGAAAAUGCAUUUUUGCUACGUCGGUUGUUAUUUUUAUGAAUGCGAUUUUAGAGUGUCAUUUGCGUAUAAUCAAAUGGGCGGUGACGUAAAUCUUUGGAGCCAAAAGGAAGAAGGGGACUCAAGUAAAUUUUCGGCAUUUUUUUUUCAAAUAUAACUUUGUCUAAUGUAAUUUUAUCUCUAUUUUUUGCCGUUUAAAUUGCACGAGCGUAUGUAUUUUCAAAAUUAACGUGCAGUGCAGCGUAUUAGUUUUUGUACAAUAAUUGUAUGUAAUCGUCACAUUACGGCACGCGGACACACACAUCGGUACGCAGAGUUCGGACAGACACUGGACCGUCGUCUCGAAACCACCGGGUAACGUGCAAAAACAUUGCUUACGCUGAAUAAGUGAAACCGGCUUAAUUUUGAUUAUGAACUAUUAAUAGUUACGGUUAUUUAAAAAAAAAAAUGAAAAAAAAAAAGUAAAGUUUUUGUAUCUUUUUUCACAUCGAGCCGUAUAUUUUGAACAAUACCUAAAAAACCCCGGGACAUUCCCUCCGGAAUACCGUUCUCCGUGUAAUCGCAUAAUAGGCACCUCCACUUUUACCGUAAAAUCAAAAUCGAGUUGCAUUGUUUCGCCGCGCGUUACCCCCGGCGGGCCAGACGACGCGGUCGUAAUAAAUAAACGUCCUCUUAAACGGCAAUGAUGAAUAAUCGCCGGCGAACGCAUUACGCGUAACAUGUUAUUGGAACAACCAUAAUAUUAUAAACCGAGUUAAUAAACUGUGUUCUUCGUUCUGUGUUCUGUGUUCUUCGCCGAUUAUAUUUACCACCGACGACGACCCAUAGCCAAUAAGCCAAUAGCUCCGCGCAACAAUAAUCGUUUUGUACGUUUGCGCGCGCGCGCAGAACGAUCAAAAUCGUUUCGACAAUUUAUCUACGUCAAUAGUGAUACCGCGUUAUUCCGGUAACGCGAUAGUAACGUUGUGAUAAUGUUAUAAACGUUACGCUCGUCGGGUUCACAAAGUUAUAAUACGCGAAAUAUUAUUUGCGGCUCGCCUCCGCCUCCUUCUGGCGAAUUAUUAUUACCGUUUUUUUUCCGGUUUCGGCUGUGUACGGACGCACGUUGUAACAUCGUAAAAAAAAUGGAUUUAAAACGGGUUUUUUUUUUUUUUUUCCUCGACCGGACUUGACGGUGGCGCGUAGGUUUUAAUAAAGUAUGCAGAUUUUUGUCACGAUUUUUGAAAGGUUGGUAUGCGAAAUGUAAAUCUGUUCCGAGUUGAAAAAAUAAAUAAAUAUGAUUUAUGCAACGGGCAAAUCACGACGGUAAAAAACGAUCAGCGCCACCGCGUCGCCAGACACGUUAAUUAUUAUUACGAGUGUUCGAGCAAUAAUAUUGCGAGUACGUGAAUAUUUCGAAAACGACGAGCGGGGCGAACCGGGCGGAGGAAUUCAAUUGAACAUUUUGACUUUUCGUCCGUAUCGUUUGCCGCAGUUCAAUUUAUCAUUUAUAAAUUAUCGGAUCGUUGAACUGGAAAAUUUACGAAAAUACGACCUCUCCGUCGCGUACCAUUUGCGUUCAAUGAGCUAUUUAUAAAUAACGCGCACUGUUCGCUGUACGCUGUUUUCACAGUAAUAAACACCAGACAAUUAAUAUUAUAAAACACUUUGUUUCCGUCGAUUCUCAAUCAAAAGUAUGCCGUGGUUUAAAAACGGAUUAGAUUUUUGCAGUUAUUCAACAUGAUAUAUUUAUUCCGAAUAUCCGCGAAUAUUUAAAUUCGAAAUACUACCACCGAAUCGAUCGUUUGUAAAUGCAUUAAAAAUAACAACAUCAACGCGUUGAAGAAAAAGUUUAAAAUUGAGCACACGAAAAUAGUUUUAUAUUUAAAUUUAUUUGUUUUUCUAAUAGGUCCCGUUAUUUUAUUUUUAUUUUUCAAAUACAGGUUUCCCAAUACCUAUAGUAAAAAUAAUAUUUUUAACAAUAGUAAAAAGGACGGAGUUACUUCACACGUGGGUGCAGCUACUGUUAUAGGUGGGAAGUGGGGAAGGUAGGAUAAAAAGAGGAAUUUAAUGUAUAUCUAUAGUACCCGACUCAAAUAUAUAUGUAAACAACGAUAAACCAUUGCUAACGAAAAAACGAUUCUGAGCGGAGUUCAGCUGAUAGAGUUUCUUUGUCAACAAUAUGUAUGUAUAUGCCGUAUUAUGGUAUGAUCACUACAUGUGUGUUUCCAUGACAACAAUGAUUGUUUAAAAAAGAUUAAAAUAAUAAAAACUGUUGCCAAUGAAAACCUUAUAUUUUUAAUCUUUCAAUCUUUUUUAACCUAAAGAACCAGGUUUUCCUCAUUAUCUCGAAUAUUAAUGAAAAUUUCAAAAAUGACCGGUCUAAAGAACUAUUCAGAGAACAUUUCUUGUAGAAAAAGUGUUCACACACAAAAAAAAAAAAUAAACUUCUAAAAAUAAAAGUUCAAAAUAUUAUUGACUUUAGUCGGAUGGAAUUGAGAAACUCGAUAAAUUCGAUAAAUAAAUAUUAAUAUAUAAAUUAUAUUAAUUAAAAUUAAUAUAUAAAUAUUUAUAUAAUGAAAUAAAUUUUAGAUUCGGAGUGAUGAUGUGUGCAUAUACAUAUGCAUAUGUGUGUAUAUUGUUCAGCCUGCGAACAAAAUAUUUUAACAAAUAUUUUGCCUGCAGGCCUGCAGAAAUCUCGCUCUGAAUGUGUAAACACACUUCUCUUGGAUGGCUUUUGAUAAUGUUGUCUAGUUGGUACAAUGGCUCGUAUUUUAAUUUCUACUUUUAUUUUUUUCAAUAAUUAUUGGGAAAAGUUGGAAAUACUUAAAAUAAAAAAAAAAAAUAAAAAUAAUGAGCAUUCUUAAUAUUAUAUUGUACUCGCCCGAUUAUACCAUAGGUGCAACUAGGAGGAUGCUUGGGGAUGCUUCAGUACUCCCAGACAUUAAUUUAGCAUCCCAAGUUCAAAAACGACAAAAAUUGAAAAAUAGUGUGAAAAAUAGUUGUUCUAGGAUAAUGGAGACGGGUGCAGUCACUGUUAUAAGUAAUUUAAUGUAUAAUUGUAAUUUGAAUCAGUUUGGGCAGGUAUUAUAAGGAGAUCAUUUUUCGAUUUUCCCAUCAAAUGUGAAAAACCGGGAUAAAAGUAAGAAAAACGGGAAAAUCUGUAUAAUAUUAUACAAAUAUUAUUAAAGAAAAUAUCGAAUUUUAUCGAAUGAUUACAAUAAACAUACGGAUAAGACCCGUGUGCAAUUUUCCUCACCACCUUGGCUAUCGACGAACGCCAAUGAAAUAUUAUUACGAGUAUUUGGCGUUAUUCGAAAAGCGUAUGAGGUUUUGCACGAGGCGCGUUUUUUUUAUAGUGGUGUCCCCGAGUAGGCCUAAUCCACUGUAUCGAUUAACCUAACCUUACCUUAAACCCAUAGAAUUACACUCUAUAAUAUAAUUCGAUCACCGAAACCCGAUCCUCGUUCUUUGAAGUCAUCCGCAGCUACCAGCAGUCUUGGCUCGAAGAGUUCGCGUGCAAAUAAACCGGAAAAAAAAAUGAUUUACGAAAAGAUAGAAAAAAAAAAAACCACUACUAUUAUACCGACAAAGAAAACUUAAUAAACUAUUGAAAAAGUUUAAAGGAAUAAUUAUAAAACGAUUCAGAAAAAUAAAAAUUUAAAAACCACAAUGAAUAAAACAGAUUUAAUUUACUAAGAUUCGAUGAAAUAUACGUACAAUAAACAAAAUUAAUAUUAUUGCAAACAUUAUUAGCCAGCGCGUGGUUUUGUAAUAUUUAUAUUAUCGUUCUAAUAAACAAAUAAAUAGUAUUUCAGUAAGCAUACCCACAAUUUUUGUUACUUUGGCACAUUUUGGUACUAAUAGUAAUCGAUACGAGUUUUCAGCAAAGCAAAUUAAAUAAUAUCCGUAUACAAUUGCGUUAUUUUAUGAUUGAUCGAUUUUAAACAAAUCUGAGCUUCACACGUACAUAAAAAUAAAAAGACGGACUUAUACUUCGCAUGUGGGUGCAACCACUGUUGUAGGUAGGAAGUUGGGAAGGUACGAUACAGACGGAAAUUUGUUGUAUAUCUGUAAACAACGAUAAACUAUUGCUAACGAAAAAAUGAUUCUGAGUGGAGUUCAGUUGAAAGUGAUGCUUUGUCAAUAAUAUAUGUAUAUAUUAUAUUAGUUGUACCUAUGGAUUUUACUGGUUAUUGGCUUUUAACGAUAGCAUUCCCCAGAUUUCACACUCGGUAAUAUUUUGUAUGUGCAGCAUUUUCGUGGGAAAUUCGUGAAUUUUCCAGUUAGUCGUCGGCAUAAAACUAAUACAUUUCAAAUAAAUCGGUAAAUAAAUUAAUGAAUUCGGCAUAUUGGGAGAUACAAUGCAUUCCAUGAGACGCAAGACGGGACAUCUGCCCUCCCCCUCUUGGAUAUCAAAAUUUCAAAUAUAAUUUUAAUAAUCAAUUAAAAUAAUUUUAUUUUAAUUACUCUUCAGCGUUUGAUUUUAUUAUGCCCCUCCCUGAUAAAUUUCCCGUGGAUGCCCAACAUGAUGCAAUCUAUAUAAAUUUAUAUUUAAUAUUUUAUUAUACAGUUUAUUACGAGUUAAUCGUACGAGCUCACGUUUCUUUUCAAAAACUGCGGAUCGAUAGAAAUAAAAAUUAUAGUUGCCUGUUGUAUAUAUAUAUAUGUACUGUAUUAUAAUUUUAUGAUCCGCAAUUGACAGUAAAAUUAGGUAUACGGUACACAUAAUUAUUGAAAAUUUACAAAGAAAGCGGUUUGUUUUUUUGGCAGUGUAAAAAAAAUCCGUUAAAAAAAAAAUUGCCUAUUUAUAAUAAAUGAUAUCAAAUAUUAUAAGGCAUAUGCGACUUAUUAAAAAAAAAAAAAAAACAGAACAAAACACAAAAAAAACAGUAUGUAUUUUCUAUGUCGAUGCAGUAUCAUCGUUGAAUGUCAAUAAAAGUAAAUAUUUUACACCGCAAAAAUAAAAAUUUCAAGAAUGGCUUUCGGUAUUACCGUAUAAUAAUACGCGUAUAGAAGAAAAAAAACACGUAUAAAGUUUAUUGCCGUCGUAGUUGUCCUGCAAUAAAUUUGCCUACACUUUUUUUUUUUUUUUUUACUGCUCACAAAAGAACCGCUACCCAGUUAAACGCGUUAAUCGAGACCGAUUUUAAUUUUUUUUUUUUUUUAAAACACACAGUCAUGGUCCAUCAUCGCUCAGUAUUUACAGGUACACGGUAUAUAUAAAUUGCACUUAACAAUUUUCCACACAAUUACGUGCAUAUAAUAAAAUAUAAUAAUGUACGGGUAUAUGUAUUAUAUAUAUAUACGUAUAGAUUCGAUGAGGGCAUCACCGUGAAUCUCGUCGACGUUUUCCGAUAUUAUACUCGUAUUAUUAUUUCCAAUUUGUCAACCGAAAUGAGGUCGGUACCUAUCAAUAAAAAAAUAACUCUGUAUAGCGCGCAAUCGUGAAUUUUACCGCCAAAAAAUCGACGUGACCCGUUCGCGCGCGUCUUAAUUUACUCGUCGAGUUUUCUCCUUAAAAUCGGGGUGACCGUACGGGCCCACAGAUAUUUAAGACAUGGAUGUGCCUUGCCUAUACCUUAUACACGAAGCGAUGCGCGUCAGAAGAGAACGCUUGUUACCAAUGUGGUUGACUGAUAUUUUUGAUAAUGUUACAUGAUAAUAAUUGAGUGUUUUAUAAUCAUGAAAAGUAAAAUACGCAUUACACAAUAAUAUUAUUUUACAUUAUCUAUUUACGUUAUUAAGUUAAGCAGUAAGUAAUAAGUAUUAUAAUUUGCAAAAUCAAAUAAUAUAAUUACACUUGCACGCUAAUUUUUAUUUCGUUUUGAGUAUGAACCACAGUACAAACAUUUUGAAUAUACCGUUUUUAGACUCUGACGAAGUGACGUGGUUAAAGAAACUAAAUAAUAUUAAUAAUAUAUUAGAAACCUAUUAUUAAACCUAUUAAAGAAUAAGGGCAUCAUAUUUAUUAUCUACUGCGAAUCUUAUGAUCCAUAGUGUCGAUAACCACUGUUGGUAAUCACUAUACCAUUAAUGGUAACUAGCUUCAAGUAAUCGUGAAUACAAUAGUAUUCACGAUCCAUGUACGAGUCCCGUAUUUCGACCUUGGGUCCCGUAAAUGUAUUCGAUUUUUUUAUGCCAUUAUUUAGUUUAACGCAAACGUACACAUGAAAACGGCGGAAAAAGUAAUUGACUGACCGCAGUGGUGCAACUGGGUGAGGGGAGGUAUUUUGGGUUCCAGAUACCCCCCCUACAUACAAGCGUGUUCAAGUAAAAUAAAUCAGUUAAAAGACAAGUUGUUUUUCAAUAUAGGCAUGUGACACCUCCCCUUCAAAAAAUCUUGGUCACGUCACUGAUGACCGACCGUCGUCGAAAUAAAAUUUGAUGUUUUGGCGUACAACAUACGUUUCUAUUAUUGUUAUAAUACAGGGUUUAACAUUAUCAUAUUUAAAUAUUUUUACUUAUUGUACUUACCGCGUUUAAUUCGCUUUUUAUGGUCACUUUAUACCGUAAAUAGAGGCUGUAAUAUUUGUACUGCAGUAUUAUGUCUAUUAUUUUGUAAAAUAAAAAUGAAAUUCCGUCUGUAUGUCCACCCGCUGUAUAAAUCUACCACAGUUUUAUUCCGAUCUCGAUGAAACUUUGCUCAUUCGGCAUUGGAAAUAACAGGGACGCGCUGUCUAAUUUUCGUCUUGAAAUUCAACCCCUUAAUUUUAAGGGCUUAAAACGAUGGCUGACACCGUUGUUUUUGGUAAUUUUUCUGGGAAAAUAACAAUUAUUAUAUUUUUUUUUGAUUUAUGAGGUACCUUAUUGACACGGAUGAAAAAUACUUAUAAUUAUUUAAUUUGAUUGCUGCGUACAAGGACAUGACAAUUUUUUUUUAAAAAUAAAUUAGAACAACGAUUAACUGUGUUAAGUAUAAGGGUGGAAACGGGGAGACACUUCUAAUCGAAUUUCUUUUAUUGAUUUUUAUUUUCGAAAGGAUUAAAUCCGAGAAAUACUGGGUGAUUUGACUAGUAUAUUUUAUGAUAUUAGCUGUCCCACCCGGCCUUGCCCGUAGCAAUUUUUUCUUUUUACCCAUAUUUCUUUUUAGUUUUGACCGUGUUAGUGAUGAAUAAAAACAAAUAGGUGGAAAGUGGAUAUAAUCCACCUUCGGUGGACUAAAAAUUAUUCUGUUAUGAUAUUUAUUUUUAAAUUUUAAAUUACUAUUUGCCUAAGUGUCUCACCAUCUGGGGCCAGUUCGAGUAAUUUUUUUUUGCGUACAAUUAACCAUGGGAAAAACAUUGGACGGUUAAUUAGGUCUAAACCUGCAAAUUUUAAUGUUUGACCUUGUGCCUUAUUGAUGGUCAUUGAAAAACAUAAUUUCACGAGAAAUUGAAGCCGUUUAAACUGGAAUGACAGAUUCGUUUGUAUCAUUGGUAUUCUAGCAACCAAAACCGUGUCUCCAGCUCCGCAGCCAGUAAGAAUCAUCAUACACUCAAGCAGACAGUUUUUUAAAGGUUUUAUUUGUAAUCUUGUGCCGUUGCAUAAUUUUGGUGGACAUAAGUUCUGGAGUAAUAUUAUAGGAGAACCUACCUUUAGAAUUAAUCUAUGCGGUGGAGUCCCUGGAGGGGUUAAAAAAAUUUAAAAAUUUAGUUAGAUAAUGUACCGCCUACUUUCUAUCAAUAACCGUAUCAACUGAAUAGGACUUUUUUAUUGGUGCAUUGAAUCUUAACAGAGGCGUCGUUCAAAACCGCACACUUACCGUUCAUACAAAAUUUGGAAGGUCGAUGUUUCAAAACCACACACAUUUAAUCGGCAGUGAAAAGCAUUAUAGGUGGAAUUAGAGACCCAAUGUGGUCACUAAGGUAACUCGCUCUCUGGGUUCACUCGGACAAUUUUAAUCGAAAAUAACUCGAUUUGUUUGACAAAACCACGUCCGAUAGGACAUAAAGUAAAAUGCGUGCGGUAUCAUUUUGAAAAAACUAUACAUAAAAGUCUGCGGUUAUGACGACCGCCGCUUAACAGUACCAUGCAAUUGAUUUUAUUGACUUGUUAGUUAAUGACUCUUUCCUCUCCUGAAACCAACUCAAGGUCUUAGUAGAUAUGUCUGGAUAAACAUAUAGUCUAUAGUCUCGUUCAGCAGAAGUUUCAUUACUACGUAACAAGUGUUCUCUUUUAGCAUUUGCCGUAUUGCGUCCUAUAUUAGAUCUUUGUUUAGGCAUGACUAAAACGUAAACAAAUUUUAAUGACAGUUUACAGUUUUACUGCAUAAUAUGACACAAUACGGCACAUAGAUCUUUAUAAUUAUUUACCAUAGAUACGUUUUGAUCAACCUAUUGAAUUUGUUUUCAUUUCACCCGUGUUACUAAGGUAAACCAAAUAAAUAAAUAAUAAUAAUAAUAACAACCUACCUAAAAACCGAAUUUUGGAGGAUGGUUUUCAAUAGAGGAUGUAUGUCAAUAGCUAUAAACCUUCCUGUGUUAAUUGCCUAUCCAAAAGUGAAAACCGCAUCGAAAUCCAUUCAGCCGUUUCAGAGUUUAUCCCGAACAAAAAAAAGUGACUUCAUUUUAUACUAUGUAUUGAUUAUAAAAUAUGGUAUACAUAUGUUUUCCCUCCGUUGUUUUUGAUUACUUUUAACCGAUUCCUCUGGAUGAGCUUAAACAAGAAAAUAAGUGUUGUUUUUUUUUUUUUUAGGCGAGUUGAUGUGCCAUAAUAUCGAGCAUUCCCGAAUUUUUAGUGAACAAUGUCAUUAAUUUAGAUUUAAUUCAAUCGAUAGUUAAAAACAAUAAAAUAUUAACAUAGUAAUCGGCUCGAAUUGGUUUAAAUAUGCGAAUGGCUUUUAUAAACUGCAGUAGUUUGUCUGCAUAUCAAAAUAGAUCACAUAGAUAAACGAAGAUUGAAAUUUGAAAUAUUUAAACUCUUAUUAUACUGAUAGGCACUUCUGAAUAAUUUAUACUACGGAAUAAUUAUGAAACUGAUGUACCUAUGCUGUAACUGUCGAACAUGUUGUUCCAUAACGGAAUAGUUUAACUAUUCUAACAGGUUUAAACCUAGCGAAUAGUUCGAUGGUAUAACAGUUGUACUAUAGUUGUACCGAAUAGUUACUAUUCGGUUAUGCCCGUCACUAUUAUUUAAGCAUAUUGUAGAGAAUUUUAAAUACGUUGAGAAUUUAGCGUUUCGUAUAGAUGUACCCGUACAAUGCGCAAACGAGUUUUGUGCGCAAACGAGUGUCAUAAUACCCCUGAAAAAAUGCUGCACAUUUUUAUAUACGUAAUUUAUUCUACAUAAUACGCGCAUAUAUUAUAAUCUAUAUUACCGUAUCGUGUGAAAAUAAAAAAAAAAUAAAUAUAUUUUAACGAAUCGCACCAAUAGGAACUCGAAAUUUGUUUAACCGUCCGUCUUUAGAUUACGAUAAUUUUUCAGUUGCCGAUCAGUACCUAAUAUUAUAAUGGAAGUAAAACAAAAAAAAACCAUUAAAACAAUUCGUAAUUCAUUUAAGCGGAAUUUUCUGAUUAACGCGUUUUAUUACACCCGUAACUCUUAAAAUACAUAAUUUCGAAACCGAAUUAACAUACCAUCAUGACUCGUCGUACAGGUAUGUUUCACAUGAAACCCGCCAAUUGUAUUCGUAUUUUAAAUACUAUAUAUAUUACAUUCUCGCGGGCUAUAAUAGACGUAUAGAUGAUAUUCUCGAAAUUGCACUAUAAUAAUAUAAUUAAACUAAUCGAUCUUUAAGGUAUUAUAAUUUUCAAUAUAAUAUGAUAUUGUAAUAAUGGUAAUUGAUUAUGCCCCAACGAUCAUCAAAAAAAAAAAAAACGAUUCUGAGAUUUUUGUUCCCCCCUCCGUAGUAUUAUGGUCGAGGUAAGCCGAAAAUCGACAAACAACACAGAACCGACGUAUCGUCAAUAAUUGUUGUCGUUUAUUUUGUUUUACUUUAAAAAAAAAAAAAAAAAAACUAUUGGAACUCUAGAGGAACCCCCCCCCCCAUCACCGUUCCAGCAAAGUACUGACGGGCGGAAAUUCGGCGUCUUUGGAGGUGCUGUAUAAAAAAAAAAAGCUGCGCUAGGAUAAUGGGGACGGAUGCAGCCAAUGUUAUAGAUGAAAAGUUGCGAAUGUAUUAGAGAGAACAUUUAAUGUAAGCAACGAUAAACCAUUGCUAACGAAAAACGAUUCUGUGCGGAGUUCGAUUGAUAUAAUGUUGCUUUACAACAUAUGCAUAUAUCGUAUGGUAAAAUAAUUACCUAAUAUGCAUUAUAUAUUCAUAUAUUUUCUUUAAUAAUAUUUGUUUAAUAUUCUACCUGUUUGUUAGGUUUUACCUACGUUUUUCCCGGUUUUCCCCAUUUAUUGGGAAAACUCCUGGAAAAAGCAAAAAAAAAACCUAUCCAGUCAGAUUUCCUUUUGGAAAAAGUGCUAUAAUUGUAAAUCGGAGCAAAAUUACUAGUAGAAAAGUUAUCCAGAGAAUAAAAAACUAAACAUCAAUGUAAAACCAAUACAUUCCUCGCUCCACUCAGAAUCUAAAAAAACGAAUAAACCGGCAAAUAUUUAUUCAAGCGCCCGUAAAAAAAAAAAAACUCGUUAAUUAAUUAAUUUCCAUACGCAAUAUGCAUGUAUAUAAUUACCGAGAUAUAGCUUAUGUUAUACAGUAUAUUAUUUCGACCUCGUCGUUCCGUAUUACAAUCUUGUAAAUUAUUAUUUAAUUUUUUUUUUUUCUUUUUUCAUAUUCUAUUUAUCCGAUUUCUCAUUUAUUAUUGUCCGCUCCGCGGCGUAAUGUGUAUAAAAAAUACGAGAGAGUCGCCCGGAGAGACGGCAACGAACGUCCUUGACAUUAUCACGACCAUAUGAUUUCCGAACGGUGGCGGCGGCGGCCGUACACGUCGAGAUUAGUAGCGAUACAUGUUACCGUGAAAUAUAGAGACAGUGACUCAUGGUACAAUAACGUAAUGAUGCAUAGUUAAUGGACACGAGGCGUUUUUAAGGAGGUUUUCCGUGUCCAAAUCGAUACACACGCACGCGCGCACAGUAAAGUCUAUUUAGACACUCUGGCCCUCGCACUAUAGUGAGAUUUUACUUACACUGUCCGCGACCACUCGAAAAGUUACGGUCAACGCAUUCGACGUGCAUUUCCACGGUUGCGACUCUGCUACUCGGUUUGCGGCAAAGGGCCGUAAUUAUACGUUUUAUAAAGCAGAGUAUUUAACCGGGUACAUGGUUCGUGAGAAUGAUUCUCUAACGCGUUCGUUUCUCAAUAAGUGUUUAAUGGUUAAAGUUAAUAGUUGCCUAAACGCGCAUAUAAUAUCUUGAUAGAUAAUAUGAAAAAAUUAAAAAAAAAAAGUCGUUCGUAAGAGACACAGUAUAUUAUUUGUUUUAUUUAUAAUACGUCGCCCUUUGCCCCAAAUUGAAUCGAACUGAAAAGUGAAAAUGUUCGAGUACAAUGCCAGCCGCGGCCGUAACUUUCGGUCGUAUUGUAGAAAACCACACAGACACUCAGCGUUCAAUGAUUGCGGCUAGCCGAACUUAGGAUACAUGAACGGGUUUUGUAAAAAUCCCAAGUCCUACCUCCCACAAACAUACUUGGAUAAAAUAUUUUUCAAAAGUAUUUAGAAUAAAUAUUCGAAUUAUAUACAAAUUAAUAUCUCGAACACGUAUUCGAAUGCUUUACAAAACAAAUAACAAUAGUAUUUUAGAAACAUAUAAUCUGUAAGAAACAGAUCUGCAGGGGGGGGGUGUGCGCCACUGUCACAGGCGGGAAAUGACUGAAAAUAAGUGCUUUCCGAAAAAAAAAUUAAAGGUAAAGGGCGAUGAACUGUUGGGUAUUUUGAAAAAUAUUUUUUACCGAAUUGAAAAUCCGUAUCUUUUAGAGCGAUGAUACGUGGAAAAAUCGGAACAUUUUUACUAACCGAAAACGUGUUUUCUGGGAAAAAAAAUAAAGCGUGUAUCUCGCAAAAUUGUAUUUUAGAUUCUGAGCGGAGCGAAGUAGGUUUUACUACCUGUGAUGAUUAUUUAUUAUUAUUUAUACUGUGUACAAAAAUUCUACCAGAAGUCUUGUUCCGAUCUGUAUGUGCGGCACCAUUUCUGAUAGGAAAUUUUAUCUACAUGGCAAUUUAAGGAGGUCAUUUUUUGAUUUUCCAAGUGGUUUUCAUAAUAUCUUGGAAAAAACGGGAAAAUAGGUACAAUAUUAAACAAAUAUUGUUAAAGACAAUUUAUAAUUCAUUUGUAAUUAUUUUACCAUAAUACGACGUAUAUAUUGUUGACAAAGCAACACUAUCAACCGAACUCCGCCCAGAAUCGUUUUUUCGUUGACAAACGUUGAUUGUUGCAUACGCAGAUAUACAUUAAAUUUUGCAUGCACCCGUCCCCAUUACCCUAGGACAGCUUUUUUCUUUUGUUCUUUUUAAAGAAUGUAAUACUUAUUAAAACCAUUCGGUAUAUCGAGUAUACUUUCUGAAAAAAGUUUACGAUACUCGUCAUUCGGAACAUCGUAUCCGCCCACAGAUGUGGCCCAACUCCCGGCUACGGGUCGACAAUAUUAUAACGCAAGUCAGGGUCGGCUGGAAGGCGGCACAAGCCGCGCAAUCGCACAGAGCACUGCCCUUUUAAGAGUUCCGCGUCGAUUCUCAAUCAUAGCUAUAAUAAUUUCACACGGGGGUGUCCAAGCCGGUCCUGAACGUAGGUACUAGGCUAGGGCGGUCCUUAUUUUGCCGUAUUCAACGUUUUUAUUCCCGUUCAAAUCUCUUCGAGGCCGCCAAUCGGUUCGGUUGCAUAAUCGUCGUCCGCGCGGAAUUCCGACGACGGCGGAAUUCCGUUCGAAAAUAAAACGCAUUUUUAAUAUUAUAUAUAUUAUGUACGAUACGUGGUCAUUUUCACCGCCGCCGAGUCUUCUGCGGGCGCGUCAUCUCCCGUACCUAUAAUAAUAGUAUACCGCGGAGCUCACGCAAACCCGUCCGGUAUGUCAAUGGCCCUACCAUAACUGGUUUACGGUCGGUCCGCCUCGCUAUACCGCGGACCGGGUAUACGAACCACGUACACGAACCUCGUACGCGGCGGCGUCACACCGGUCGACGAGUACCGCUAUGUUCGUCCGCCCGCCCGCCCGUCCGCCCGUCCGCCCGUCCGCCCGCCAUUCCCACUGAUCUACCUUCGUCCUAGCCGUCGAGGGCCUGUCCCGGUUCCGGCAACGCGCGUCAUUCCGUCCGCCGUCGUCGGCCUGGUUCAGUCUCUUGUCCGCCGGUCUGCACGUCGGUAUUCCACACGUCGCUCGCCGCGAAUCGUGUAUAAUAAUAAUAAUAAAAAAAAAAAAAAUUAUAAUAUAAUAUAUUCGCCUACGCGCUCACACUCGACAACAUAACAAUUAUGUGAAUACGGUGUAUUUAUUUAAUUUAUCGCUAUACGUUACGUACACAGAACGACAUUACUGUCCGCUGCCCCGCGCGCAUUAAAACGUUGUUUUAUAAACGAACUUUUCGGUAUUUUUUAUUAUUAUUUUUUUUUCCUAUUAGUUUUCAAUAGCCGAUUUUCGUACACGACCCGCGCACGACAAUGAUGAUCCGAUUCGUGGCGAACGCGAUGUUGCUGGCGCUCCUGGUCGGGUCCGCGUAUCCGUCCAUGCUGGACUCCAAUAACGUGGACGAAGAGGAAAACCCGUUCUUGGAAGCGGCCAAAUCGCUGUUACAGGAUUCGCUGGCCAGCGGCCAGGGUGGAGCGCAAGGCGCUGGACUGGGCUCCGUGCUCCAAUCGUUCUUGCAGACGGACGGCGCCAAGUCCGGCCUGGGGUCCAUCGUGUCCGGUCUGGCGGCCGCCAAAGGUUCCGUGGACCCGCAGAUGAUCGGCCAGAUCGUGGGCAUGUUCGCGGGCGGCGCCGCCUCGGCGUCCAACAACGACAACAACGGACCCGGCGUCGACUGGAGUUCCAUGAUCGAUUUGGCCUCUGGUAAGUGACAAGGUACCUGUAGGUAUCUAUUACCAUCGCUUUGUACGAUUCGGAAACGGCCUCUAAAAAAGUAAAAUAAUAAAACAACAGACUUGGCCGAGUGUGGCGUACACGGGGGUGAGGGGUAAUAUACCUACUGCCCACUUCGGCUUAAAAUCUCUAUUGCUGUGUGAGUUUUAGUCAAUAAUUGAUCUUGUGAAACGUAUUCGUUUCAGCCGAGUCACGAGGAGAAACGAUUCGAAUUAACCGAACAUAAAUAUCGCAUAAUUUUGUGCUUUUUUCGAUCAGACUUUCAAAUAUUAUUCCCGUUGUUCGGGUUCGGUAUUCUCUGGUCAUUAUUAUUCACUCUGCGCGCCCUCCUAUCGAGAAUUGCUGGGCACGUUACUGUUUGCGCUAAAACUCUACAAAUCUUUUUUAUAAAAAAAAAAAAAUGUAUAGUUCAUAUAAUAAUACCUAUACUACAAUUGCGUGUGUAUAAAAUAUUAUACGCGCGUUUGUUCAACGAGCACAGACCGACAGUUCAAGGUUUGUUGAUAAACGAGUAUGCAAACGCGAGUUUCACUCGAAUCUAUAUUGCGCGGUUAAUUGUUUAAAAAUACUAAAUGUUUUUAUUACUAUACCCGGUGCGAUAUUUCUCGAAAGUCGGAAAUUCUAUACGGAUUAGUGAAAAUCGGACGUCUUUUCGAACUCGCGUUUCCGGAUUAAUUUUUAAAAAAACUAGACGGAUAUACUUCGCACUUGGGCGCAACCACUGUUGUAGGUGGGAAGUCGGGAAGUUAGGAUACAGAAAGGAAUUUAAUGUAUAUCUAUAAGCGACGAUAGAUCAUUGCUAACGAAAAACCGAUUCUGAGCGGAGUUCAGUUGAUAGUGAUGCUUUGUCAAGAAUAUAUGAUAUGGUAAAAUAAUGAAAUAGGCAUUUUUUUUUUUUUAACAAUAUUUGUUCAAUAUUGUAUCAAUUUUACCGUUUUUCCAACGGUUUUCCCAUUUGUUGAGAAAACUCUUGAACUCAGGAUUCAAAACGUAAGUUGUCGAGUUUGCAUAUACCAGUUUGCAUUGUCUGUGUUUGUUCGGUAUACCAAUUUUUUAACGGGCUUACGCGAAACAUCGCCAUUUGUAAAUUAAAAUAUCUCGCAAAACUGACGCGCAAAAAACGUCUUAUAGAUAUUAUAAUAAAAUAUGUCCUCGUCUCGGGCGCAUUAAAUAAUCUUCUACUAGUACUGCGAUAGUAAAAACGUUGUAAAUACGAAUUAACAAAAAAAUUAAACAAAUAUAAUAUUACCCAACCGCAUAAGCAGAGCCGCGUUUAAUGGAGGGGUCAAAAGAGAGUAAUUGCCCAAAUUGUACGGCAUUUGUAGGGGCGGUAAAUCCGUGAAAAUCGACACAGUAAACCCCCGUCGACUGUGCAGCCGAAAACUGUGUAUUUUUCCCCCACUAUAUAAUGGAGCACUGCGUUCGGGUAUACUAAAAAGCCCGUUGGCUCUACGAGAGUUGACAAUGUAAAGGUACACAAAGACGUUUCGGAUAUUUUUUUUUUUAUAUUACCCACCCGCAGUCGAACAAAUAAUGACUGUAAUCGAAAUUCAGUGCCGAAUCUUGAACUCUGAGGGCCUUGGUACAAUUAAAAUGUUAGGUCCCCCUCGGGGAUAAAUUUCAACAUAUAUAUAAAUGUAUAAAUAGUUCCUGUCUUAUUUAAUAUUUAUUUUCUUUGUAUCGACAUAAUGACGUCACUCGGUCGUGUUAAUUAUUUUUUUUUUUUAGGCCUUGUAUAAAAUAACUUUAACGGUGCACGAGAAUUAUUUUCAGCCGUAACUAAAGGUAAUAUUAUUAUCAUUUCGGGGAGAGAGAAAAAACAAUAUUACAUACGUUUUACUAUAUUUUCGGCGCAACCGAGUUGGGUCCCACGAUCAAAAAUCUCCACUAGUCGGGUACCGUCGAACCGGGUUCCCUCGGGUAUAGUGCCUGCAGUCAACUAUAUAGUACCAUAAUAUUGCAGAUGAUAAUCAUAAUAGUUUGAACGCUUAGAAAAAUAAAACACAAUAUUUAUUCUGUAGGAAUAAUCGUAGGCGUAGGAAGGCUAUAUCCCCAAAAUCUCCUCUAACCCCCUCAACAUUUCUUGCAAAUUCCCUGUAAAUAAGCAUGCAGUAAAAAUGUUUUCUAGUCUCUCUUUUUUUUUUCUGCGAAAAUGUACCGAAUAAGUGCAGUUUAGCCCCUAUCCCCCCUUCUACAUCCUACACAUAUGGUAAUAUCUAUCGCGGUUCAUAGACGUGUUAAAAUGUACUCAACUACAGAAACUCAUAUUAAAACGUAGAGUUCGUCGCGGAAGGGGGGAAGCCGUAUUGAUAAAAACGCAUAAAAGAUAAAAUUACGGUAAAAAUCGCUGGCAAAACGGACCGUGGGUAUUUAAAAACCGAGGAGGAAAACGUUUUAUAUCGUUUUUGAACGUUAUCCGGACCCGACCGGUACACGUGCACCGAAAUCAGUCGGUGCCCAGCGCCCGAAAUCCGUCCGACUCGGACCGCCGUUUCGGUCGACGGUACGUCCGAGUUAUAUCGGGGAGGGGGAGGGCAAGUAUUUUUUUUUAUCAUGAUUCGUCCGGCGCCUAGUAUUCGAUUAUUAUUAAUUUUCAUACAGGUACACCGUACACAAAUCCGACGACGGCGAUUUUCAACGCGGAAUAUUUGAAACGUUGCCAAGCAUACGUGACGCUCGGACCCGUCUCCGCGGCGAGGACAUUACAAUAAAUUCGCGUAUAAAAUUAUCGCGUAACGGUAAAAUAAAUAUAAUAAUAUUACCUACGUAUAAUAUAUUAUUAUGCGCGCGCGCGUACAAUGCGUAUGCGCGAUUUUAUACCCGCCGUAAAAUACAGUGUGUGCCCAAAGCGGGUUUUUUAGUUUUAUUUUUAUUAUUAUUAUUAUUAUUAUUUUUUUUUUUUCUCUAAAUCGUCUCCGCGUCGUUUUUCGCGUAAUUACUCGGCGGUCUGCGGCCGAUGUCAACGAACCGGUGCGGGACGCGAGUAACGACUGCCAUUAUAAUAAACAUACGUAUAAUAUUAUGUACAGGUGAUGUUGGUAUAUUAUUAUUGUUGUUAUUAUUAUUUCAAGACCGCGGCGUUUAGAUUUCUUUCAAACUAGGUUUCACGUCGUUUCUCUCCCCCUCCUUCCCCCACUACCUCGCGAACGAUAUGCCGACGUCGUUUCUGCACGCUCGGCGCACGCAUAACGAUAAUGUUCUGUGACAUUAUGCCGAUAACGGUAUCAUACGGGUGUACGCGCGCGAUCGUUUAAAAAGUACCCGUUGUAAGACGAAUCGAAUACGUAGUAAACAAUAUUUGGUGUGUUAUUAUCGCGCAGACUGUCGGAUCGUCCGACGCGCGCGAAUUCGAUUAAAAACAAAAGGGGAAAAAAAAAAAACACCUCGCGCGAAAUCGCGCGGCGUGCGUAUUUAACUAGCGCGAACAAUCGUCUCGGAUCCGCCGAUCGAAUUUUACAUAAAACAAAAAAAUCUCUACUCUCCGGGGCUCCGCUCUGUGUAUAGAUGCGAGCAUUUGUUUAGAUCAUCGUUGACCCUGUCUACCCUGUCCACCCAGAGAGCUGUAAUAUCUUCUUCUUCAGCAUAACGGUCCUUGAAGGACCUGAGCUGCCACCAUAAGCAAGCCUCUCCACCUUUACCUGUUGAAUCCUAAAUCAACAGAUGCAUUCACAUCCACCAAAUGAAUGUCUUUUUCCACAGCAUCCUUCCAUCUCGUUCCCGGUCUACCUAGUGUUCGUUUUUUCUGUAUCGUAGCAGUUGUGACCUUUUUUAAUAUAUCCUCUUCAGCUUUCCAAAUGUGUCCAACCCACUCCAUUCUUUUGGUUCUUAUAUACGUUAAUAUAGUUGGCUUUCCAUACAAUUGGCACAUAUUUUCGUUUUUCCGUCAUUAAAAUGUUCCUAGAUCGAGAUUGUAUAUUGGACCAAACAUUUUUCUCAAAACCUAUUUUUCAAAUAUCGCCAGUUUUUUGUUAUCAACUUUCAUCGUAGACCAGGUCUCAGGUUUGUAAGUGACUGUCGGUCUCAGAUAGCUGAUGUAAAACCUUGUUUUCGACCUUCUCGACAAUAAUUUAGAUUUUAAUAACUUUUGGAUGCUAUAAUAACAUCGGUUUCCACUUGUUAAUCGUUCAACUAUUUCCUGAUGCAUAUCAUUUUUACUGUUUAUAUUCACGCCUAGAUAUUUAAAACUUUCUACUUUUUCAAAUUUGAGGUUAUCUACUUGUAGUUUAGGCUGAUCUUCUCCUCUCCUGGGAAGCACCAUAAAUUAGGGCUAUAAAAUACCUACGUAUAUAUUACACUUAGGUUCGACCGAAUUCCAAAAUUGCGUUUUCUUUCGCGGAUCCGUAUAAUAACUAUUGUGCUCGGACGCGUUAUCCCCGCAUAGUCUGCCCGGAUCAAGUAUACUUAGAAAUCGCUAUAGACAGCCAGCGAACAUUGGGUUUUCGCUUCAAAAACGCUCUACACGCGAAGCAACAAGAGAGCACCCCGGCACACUCUACUCCCGGUCUUAAAUAUAAAAAGUCCCGUCCCCUUUAACAAAUUUUACAAACUUUGAUUCUGAAUUUUUUUUUUUUUUUUUUAAGAUUUUAGUGGCGGGCGAGUGUUUAACACAAAAACAAUUAAAUAUUAGUUCUUAUUUAGUGAAAAUAGGUGUACGUAUUAGGGAACGUCGGCGGACGGGUAGAUUAUUAUAAGUUGCUUCCGAGUUAUUUUCGGUUCGUUUCGCCAUUGUUUCGACGACAUUAAAUUCCUCUUCGAUGAGAAUUCGAAAUCCACUCGGCAUUUCGACGUAUUAUUAUCCAAACAUUCGGAUGAUGCUGAUUAGCCGUCCUUAGAUCAACAAAUAGAAAACGAACGGUCACGCGCUUCAUUUUCUCAAAUCGCAACAAAUUCGACAAAAAAUAGUUUUUGUUUUUAAUAAAUAGAAAUCCCAUGCGUCCGAUAUUAUAAGGAAACGUCCAGUAUUUGAAUCAAGCGUCCCGACUAAACGUUCUAAACAACGCAGUUGUGCCGUAUGUCUCUUAUUAUUUCAUAAAAUCAAGGAUUCAAGGGCAAUUUUAUCUACAAAAUAAAUUAUUUAAUUGAAUAAAUUGAGAUUAAACACUGCGAUCACCAACGAGAUCAGAACUUUAUUAUUUGUUCGCUGCUUUUUUUUUUUUUAUUACAUAGGCUAGCAGUUGGCACGUCAAGCAGCGGCCGCAAACAGCAUCAGCGCGAUAUCACCCGAUACGGUAUAAUGCCACUGUAGACAAAUUACAAAGUUACGAACUGAUUUCUCAUAUUAUGAGAUUAUAAUGUCAUGACAUAUUAUGCCAGUUUGGUUUCGACAAUAUUUUCGGUACGAAUAACUGUACCAUAAGAAAUUAAAAUAAAUUGUUCAGUUUGAUUGAAUAAAUCGCGGGUUACCACCACCACCACCCCCCACCCCCCAAUCGGUAUUGUGCAGCGUGUUUUCAGUUUUUAGUAAGAGUUAAAGUUAAAAAAAAAAAAAAUGAACCUUUUAACCCUAACUUUAAGACGCUUAAAGACGUAUAUAGUGCAGUGUAUAGAUAAUACAAUAUAUGUAUAGUGUUACGGCAUAAAUGUUGUGAAAUCGGUUAGUGUUGUUAUAUUUAUACUUUUUUGUAUACGAAAACUGAUCGCGUGCUGUUACUUUUAACAUUAGGGUGUAUUUGUCUAUUGUUAAACCCAAAGAUAAGAACAUUGUCUAUAUUAUUUGUGCGUAAGUUUUUUUCCCGAUAUUUUAAUUUUCAAGCUAGAUAGAAUGAUAUUAAAAUCGUAAUAUUUUACAUAUUACUCGCUUGAAAAUUAAAAUAUUGAGAAAGAACAAACCGACGACGCAUAAAACCAAACGAUAUUCUCGCAUUUAAGUUUGUUAAUAGGCCGAUAUACUCUAAAUAUUAAAAUUAACAGCGCGAAACAGGUUGAUUGAACAACAUUAACCGAUUUAACAAAAUGAAGUUUGUGGCGUGUGUGCCAGGCCCGUUUGUGAUUCUCGGCUUCUCUCGGCACGAUCGCGGUCCUUACCUACUGUAACACUGGGAACGUACAGUGGAUUCCGCGAAGUUAACCGAAUCGGUCCAAAACGGUAAAUCAACCGUAUCGCCUCGAUAACCCGUUCGCAGAAACGUCGACUGCGUUUAACACACGACUCGGUCGAUGGCGUUUUUUUCUACUUUUUUAUCCGUGAUGUAAACAAUAAUAACCGGCGGUUGAAAAAAAAAACCGGACACACUCCCAGUCGCGGCCGUUGGUAUAUUGUUAUUAUGAGGUCAUUGCAGUCGUAGGCGGGAAGUUGGUAAUAAGGUAUUGUAUACGUGUACUUAUAUAGGAAUAGGAUACGGGAUAUAGUUUUGUCGAAAACAACGGCGAUAAACCGUCGCGUUUAAAAUCCGAUUCCGAGAUUGUAGUAUAUCUGUUUUUGUGUAGCCAUCAAAAAAAAAACAUAACAUAGAAAUCGUCAAAAAUAAAACCGAAGUAACGGUCGUUUGUCGUUGGCUUAUUUUCUUUUUUUUUUUUAAAUCCACCAAAAUCGGAGCGUUUCUACUAACCGAAAAACACAUUUUGUAUAGUCAAAACGAAUUAUGGCUUCUUUGUCAAACUCGAAAUCGAAAAACGAACCUACUGUAGUAAAAAAAAAAAAAAAAACCAAAAUUGCGCUAGUAUGCGCUACAUACGUAAAAUACGCUAAAUUAUAGUAAAAAUUAAUAAAUAUUUAUUUGUUUUCAUAACAGGUACAUAUUGAGGAUUUUUAAUUUCUCGAAAUUCUCGUUUUUAUAUCGACUCGAUAUUUUAACGAAAUAACUUAGUGUCGACGAAAAACCUGGAUAACGUCCAAAGACUUUUAGACUCUGAGCGGAGCGAGAAAUGUGUUGGUUUUAUAAUGAUGUUAAUUUUUAUUUUUUAUUUUAUCUGCAAACGACUUUUGUACCAGAAAUCUUCUUCCGAUUUUCAAGCGUAGCACUUUUUCUGAAAAUAAAUUUUUCUGGGGUGGUACUUUAGUGAGAUUAUUUUUCGAUUUUCCCAGGGGUUUUCAUGAUAAAUGGGAAAAACCGGGAAAAUGUACGAAACGUAUUAUUUUUAAAUCGUAAAUAUUAAGGCCUCUCAAACCAUGUGUGUAACCGAACCCCGCUCAGAAUCGUUUUUCGUUAGUAACGACUAAUCGUUACGUAUAUAUAUAUUUACAUUAAAUUUCCCCAUUUGCCUUCUCGAUUUUUCUUUUGCAACAGUGGACCCACCCGUCAUGCGAAACAUGUCCGUUUGUAAUUUUUUUGCACUUAACAGUUUUAGCGCCUAUAAUUUUAUCGAUUGAAUUUCAAAACGAGUUACGGAAAUACAACACUAGAGUAUUUUUUUGGGUUUUUUUUUUUUUGUAAAUCGGUCGCUAUUUUCGUUGCGCCACUAAUUGAAUCAGUUAUUUCGUAAAGGCCAUUUCUCCAUACUUUUUCAAAAGUAAUUUUAAUGUGAUAACUAAUAAUAACUAAUAAAAAUGCACAUUUCCUGCGAAACCGCGAUAUCUCCGACAGUUCGUUAUGGUCUAAAUUGAAUGGGUGCACUCGAAAAGAGCAUUUCUCCAAAAUAUCUUUAUCAGUAAUAUUAUUCGUUAAGAUUGUAUCGUCAACUGGUUUAUUGUCCAGCAGUUUGUUUGAUAUAAUAAACGUUUUUUACGUUUCCUGAAAAUGUUCAUUUUACGGAGAAACGGCCUUUUCGAAAUGAAUGAUUCGAUUAUUGUAAUCAAACGGCGUUUCUCGUCAUACACAGGGUUCAUGUCGUCGACCGGAGGCGGUAACGGCGGCAGCCAGGGAUCGCCGCUCGAGGGUUUCAUGAACGUGCUGCCCGUGCUGGUGAACGCGUUCAACGGCGGCCACAAACACUCCGAGGACCCCGAGGUGGAGGACCACGAGGAGCACGAGCGUCACGCGCGGGCCUCGUCGUUCUUGCCGCCGUUCCUGAGCAGCGCGUACGUGUACUGGGAACACUUCAAGAACAGCGAGCUGGGUACUACGCUGUGGAAGAACAGCGGUCUGGGCAGCAUACUGCAGCUGUUCAUCGACAGGGACGGCCAUUUCCAGGUGGACAGGAUAUUCGAGUCGAUGGAGAACGCCACGUUCAGGCGCCGGUGGGUCAGGAGUCUGACCAGCUUCGUGGCCGAGUGGAUCAAACACGUUUCCGACCCGAACACGCAGGCCAGGUAAUCGUCGCCACGUUUAAUAGCACCAAUAAUAAUAAUAAUAAUAAUGACGCGUGUGUACGUGUGAACGCGCGCGCAUAAUGUUAUUUUCAUGUGUACGUAUCGUACACGUGCAUGUGUACGCGGGCUACACAAGUACACAAUAUAGUAACGCGUAAUACCUACCUAGACAUAAAUUGUCGACCCGUCGCGCGGUUCCGUACGAAAACUGGUUUCGCACGGCAGAGUUCGUUGCCCAGAGACACGUGAACUGUACGGCGAAUAAAUACGCAGGAAAAAAAAUAAAAUAAUAAUAAUAAAAAAUAAAUACGUACGCGUAGUAACAUGCGCGUCAUUUAAAAUACUGUAACGAUACAGAAAUAGCCGGGCGACGGGCCGGGUGGCGGUGGCUUGUUCGCGAUGUUCGGCCCCGGUGACGCGCGAACGGUCAUUUUUAGCCGUCCGGCAUUGCGAAAUCCGCACGACGGCGUUCGCGGAUCCGGGGAUUCGUUUAAAGGGGUCGGGGGGAAAGUAGGGGUUUACAUUAAAUAACCUAACCAGUCAUAUUUUCAGUAAAUCAAAUAUAAAUCGUGUAAAUUAAAUUAACCACACGAAUAAGUAAAUCAAUAAAUCAAAUCGAUAUAAUGUAUGUAAAUAAAAACUCUAGUCUAUUGACCGGGGGUUGGGGGGAGGGCACGUACCACUGUGUCCGCCGCUGGAUAUCACUGAUUUAUCCGUGCCACGAUCGGAACAUCGGGUAACAUGUUUUGUUUGCGAAGUAUAUUAUUAUCAUAUCAUAAACCGUUAAAUUGUAUAAAGUGCGAGAUUCGACGAUUUAUCGCGGUGAAUCUCGAAAACGGAGAAAAAGUAUAGCACAAACGUGUCUCGGCCCAAUAAACAUCUAGAAUAAUUUGUACGUCUUUUUUGGGGAUCGAUUUUUCGAAAUUCAAACGGGAACCUCCUAUACGUUCAAAAUUUCGUUGAAGGACAGCAUAUCACGUAGUUUAAAUCGAUUUAUGUGUAUUGUACAUUUUUCUCUAUUCCGAAUAUUCACGUGAUAAAAUGGCCGUAUUACUAAUUAAUUAAAUGUCGAAUCAAUCUGUACAUUAUUGUAUGUGUAACGGUUAAACGUCGUUUUGAAAACCGAUUUUGUGCUGUUAGUUUUAAUAUUGUGUUAUAGCCUAUUGUCAGACUCAAAUGUAAGAACAUCGUCUGCUUUCCGUAUACGUUGGUUUGUUUCUCGGUAUUUUAAUUUUCAAGCGAUAGUUACAAUUAUGUGGAAUAUUGCAAUUGUUUUAAAAAUAAUCGAAUCUGGUGUGAGCGUUAAAAUAUCGAGAAAAAAUUAACCGACGCGCGAACACUGGAAAUGUUCUUACCUUUGAGUUUGAUAAUAGGCCUGGUACACUCAAAUGCGUCAAACAAACUAUCAGCAUUAAAUCGAUAAAAAUAUAAAUACAACGACAUUAAUCGUAAAAUUUGUAUUGUAAAUGCAAUGUAAUAUCGUGUUACAUUUACGAUGCAUGCGUUUGUGGUAGGUCCUACCGUUGUCUAUUCGAAUUAUACGGCUGUAUCAUCACAGCACGCGUCGUCUUCCUCUUUUUCGUUUUAAACGUUCCGUUUAUGGAGUUCAUAGUUAAAAUCAUUAUCAAUCAAUUCGUAAACGUUCCGCAUAAAAACCGCGGUUUCACAACUGUAUUAUAUCAACACGCGUAGUACACGGUUAAUAUUUAAGUUAACAAAACCUGUAUCAAAAACUAUACGCACAUAUAUUUAUUACCUAUAUAUAAUGCCCCCGAACGUGUCGCGAUUCGGGAUAAAAUGUUCAAACGUGCAGUUGUAACCGUUCUGCAACCAAGCCCCUUCGAAUCGAGUCCUCGUCGAGUAGUUCCUAUCUACUAUAUACGUGUACAUAAUGUAAGGGGCUUUAGCCCUUUUAUAAAAAACCAUUUGGUCUAUGUGCGGUCAACGGAAUCUUUAAUAUCUAUAAUAUGGUCACUGCGAGAUAGGCGGCGAAAUAGCAACAGGCGUGCAGUUUUGACGAUGCAGUUUUCGGUAAACAAUUCACUGCACUGUUUGCUGAUUCCGGCAACCCGGUUGUCGAAAAAUGCUAUUUGAUUAUCAAUCAAUUGAUUGCAGUAAACAAUAUCAGAAGUCGCUGAAAAAAAUCGCGGUCGGCUGGUGCUGUUCACUGGUUUAAAACUUGAAACAAUAUCCUUGCCUAUAUAAUCUAAAAUCUCUAAUCACGCACCAACAAAAAUCUUACCGAAUUCGUGCUUCAAUAAUUCAAAACCGAGGGAUUAAUUAAUAUUAACUAGGUAUACUUUUAUGUACCUAUAAAUAUACCUAUAGGUACAAACAUAAAUGAAUCAAGCAAUAUGCGCAACGAAAUAAAUGUAAGGAUCUCGGCAGCCAGCAAAUGAUAUUUCGCAUCAAUUAAGCUAUUUUAAUCUGAAUUCUUAUCUAGAAGCUCAAAGAUUAACCUAUACUUAAGCUGCCUACGUACCCAGUUAGUGUAUAGUUGCGAACCGUGGUUGAUAACGAAAGGAGACGAAGAAAAGUUGUUGGUGUCCGAGAAGAAAGUGCUCCGUCGAAUUUACGGUCCGAUUCCUUAAUCUACCAGCUUUUUCAAAAACAAACUAAAGCAUUUGUCAGAAGCAAACGGAUAGAGUGCAAGACUGGACACGUUUGGAGAGGCAGCGGUGUUGGAGAAGUCAACGGGAGAAGACCCAGAGGCCGCCCCAGCAAAGGUGGAUUCAGAGCAGAUCUGCAAAAUAUGGCACAAUUAAUUGGAGCUAGAAGCGAGCGAGGAUAUGGAGAGGUGGCGGGAAGUUGUAGAAGUAGCGAAGGUCCUGAAUUGUCUGUGAAAGCUUAAGAAUAUGCAUGUAUAUUUAUAUGAGUAGUAACGUACUCUGAAUACAUACAUUCGAAUUUGCGAUAAAAAUAAAAUAAUAUUAGUUUUUUUUUAUAUUUUGCAAACUUGAUUUUGUAAUUUUUCAUACGUAUGUAAAACAACCAAUUAAAGAACACAGCGGCAUUUAAAUUUCGGUUUACUAUGCCGUUAACUCGCGAGUUGCAAUAAAAAUUGAUUUUUGUGGGUCGUUUGGACAAGGUUGGACUAAUAGGAAAAAUUCAAUUUUUAAUCGAAAAUCUGCACAAAUGAAUUGUACACAUUUGUAGACGUUCUGUAUAAUAUUGUGAUAUCCUAAUUACAAAAUGCAAAAUUUGUUUUCCUUUCGUUUUCGUUAAUAUAUUUGUACCUACUCUGAAUCCGCGUAAUUCACUCGACAUUUGUUGUAAACGAUUAACGGGCAUUGACUGAAAUACACUGUCGUAAAAUCUCGAAAUAACGAAUUAAUACUUGAAUAAUAUAGUCUUUGCAACAGACGUAAUGCCCGAGAACUUAAAAUUCGUCGUAAAUAUCGAAAAGGACGUCUCAAACGGAAAAAUAUUAUACAGAUGUCACAAAUGCCGAAUCGUUCAGGAAAUCCAUUUAAAGUUUUCUCUAUAGUUUAUUAUUAUUAUUAUUUUUUUUUUCUUAAUCGAUCUAUAAACUCGAUAUAGAAUAAUAGAGAAUAAUACAUACAAAUUGCCGUAAAAUAACAAUUUGUUAGUUAAACUCGACCAAAACGAAUUUUUUAAUUAUAUUCUGAAUAAAGUCAAUACUUUCCGGGACAGCGAGUGUUUAACGGUAAAAGAUUCGCCAUGCGUACGAAACGAAUCGGACUUUACGAAUUAAAACCGAGAUGACUCGACGGCCGAAACGUUGGGUCAUUUUCGCGACGGGUAUUCGAUUUUCUGCAUCGUGUAUACAAUAUUAGUACCUAACCUAAAACAUAAAGAAAUUAAAUUUCUUAUUUCGUAUAUACAGAGCGAUUCACUAAGCGUGCUCACCCCAUUCUUUUGGUUGUGUUAGGGGAUAAAUUCCACUUUUAAGUUUAAGUAGCGGGGAAAUAGUGCCCUACUAUAUCGUCUCCCCGCAAACUUAAAAGCGAAAUAUCUCGUUAACGGGUUGACGGAAGUCAACAAUUUUGACACCAAAAUUGAUUUAAAGUAAUACUCGGUCUAUUUAUGGGAAUAUUUAAUAUAGGCUGUCAUUUGAAAAACCAAAAUUGAUAUCAACACAGGAUACUCCUUAAAUGUUAUGAAAAAUCUAAGUAUUCGAAUAUAUAUAUAUAUAUAACUGCACUUGAAAAUCCAAAAGUCAGAAUUUGAAUUUAGUGAAUCAAUCUGUGUAUAGGUAUAGUCCUAGAAGAUAAGGUCGGGACACUGCGGGCUAUCUCCUCUGUCUUAAUUUUGCGAGGGCAAUUAUUAUAGGGCCACAGUGGCGUAAUUGGCAUUUUUUGUAGGGGACAGAUGAUAAGAAUUUUAGCUUAUAAAACGGUGGGGGCAAUACCCACCACACCCCUCACAAAUAUGUCAAAUAAAUAGACAACUUGGGUUUUUUUUUUUUUUAAUCCUGGAGACGACCCAAUCCAGGAUACGACGCGUUUUGAUCACUACUCGCUACCGUGGUUGUAGGCUUCAUCUACAACCGUGGUCGCUGCCGAAUGCGUUUCUUAUCUCGAGGUGUUGUACAUCAGAAGAAUAAGUCAACAUCAAAAAUCUCUAUUGUCAUGCUUAAGUAAACUGUUAUUUUACGGAACAAAAUUAGGCACGAACUAUGCAUUUUUUUUUUUUUUUGUUAAUAGUUAUCAAUUAAUACGAAUUUAUACAAUACGAUACAAUAAUUAUAUACUAAUUCAUGUAUUCAAUGACGUUUUCAAAUCCGUUUCCCAAAAUACGCCCCUAAUUAUUCAGGGAGGCGAACUUUAUCUUAACUCGAGGGGUUUGGUGAUGUAAUAUUACAUUAAAUGUCCUCAGAUUUUGUAAACAUUCAAAAAAUGAAAUGUCUCUUUCCGACGGGUAAUAAGAACCUAAGGAAUCAUAAUCCGUUUUUAAAAUUGAAAAAUUCCUACAGUUUCGUCUGGAUUUACUAUAAAAUAUACACCGUCACCAAUCCCCUCCCUCCCUUAUUAUCAUUAAACCUAAUAAUUUCGAAUAUUUUUUUUUAAAUUUAAUAGUUUUUAAUUUUUAUGUUUCGUAUAUAAACAGCAACAUAUAAUUUACCAAUCCAUUAUAAUUACGAUUUUUCAACCUAACCUAUUGGUGCAUAGUCACGCAAACGUAUCGAAAUAUGCAUAGCGUUCAAAGACGAAUAUUAGUUUUUUUCGGAAAGCUAUAGUUAUAAUUUACUUAUUUAACGAUGUAUGCGUGUCAGGAAAGAGAUAAUCUCUCCGUCGCCGCCGCCGGCAAAAACCAAAAAAAAAAAAAUACAAUUGUUAUUUCCAAAAUUAGUUUACACGCUUAGAUUAUAAGUCAUUUAUUUUAAUUAGUGUUCGCGCGGCUCUUUUAGGCAAAAAACUAUUUCGAAUUAUAUUUAUCUAUCUAUAAUAUGAUGUUUGGAAUAUCAUCGACAAUAAUAAUAUGUGUAAAAUGGUCAAAACGUGAUUCGUUUUAAAUCAGAGGUUUCCAAACAUUUUUCUCCGCGUACACCACUUGCUAAUUUAUUCUGUUUUUCGUAGAUCCGCCUGCUAUCAAUUAUAACCCCUAUUUACACCUCACGCAACCCCGAUUUUAUUUUUUUUUCGAUAAAAUUGUACCCUUGCGGGUCAAAAUGAACCUCCGAGGGUCUAUUUAGACUCCUUGGGGAACCUCUGUUUUAAAUGAGGAACCCCUUUGUUCUGUUCGCAUUCGUCCAGACCGAAUACACGCCUAACCUAUAAUCUUUACCCGCCGCGCCGUCGGGUUUCUUGUCGGUUUUCGUGUUAUUUAUUUUCGUUCGCUUUUAAAUCGCCGCCGUCUCGAACACACCUCCCAUGUUUUUUUUUGGACUAUACGUAGGACCGACGACAAUAUUAUUUAUUAAUAGCCACGCAAUCGAAACAUGGUGACGUAUAUAGGUUCGGUCGGGGUAAAUGAUAAACAAACACGGUCACGAAGAUUAUAACGUCUCUCGAGGAUUUAAAACACGAAAAACGUACCUACAUUCAAAUGUCCAGACAGUAUUAUUUGUUUCUGGGUUUUUUUGGCGUCAGUACCGAUUUGGGCGCACGAUAAAAAUACGGACCUUCUGUACGAUACAUGAUGGAACGUUAUUGGGGGUUGGGCCGACGGAAUUCACUCGCACAAAACCCGUAUACUAUCUAUUAAGUAUACUUACCCACCGUAUUUUACAGAUACCUGUCGACGACACAAUUCAUCAUGAACGGGUUUCUGAAAUCACAAGGUUAUUCCAAGGCGGCGCAGUUCGACCCGGCAAGACCGGCGGAAUCUCUGAGCUUUUUGGCCGACGCCGUGUUCAAACGACAAUUCGGACUCAAAGUCAACUCGGCCACGUACAUCAAACCCGCGAUAGCGUACCUACAAGUAUGUAUUAAUACCUUUUUUUGUUUUUUUUUUAAAAUAUAAAUCGUUAUCGGCGUUUUUAACACCGCGUCACGCCUUAAUGCGUUUUCUAGGAAGUGUUUAGACUGGGCCAGAGCAAAGGACUGAGCUUGCAGCAUUUGACUUCCAAGGAGAUCGAAGAGAAACUGUCGGAACUGUUGAACCACGAGAUCAUCGACCCGGUGCUGAGGGUGUGGAGAGUGUACAGGUUCGUGUCGAAAAAACCAGAAUGCGAUCGGUACUUGGUGUGCAGUAUUAAUCGCAAAGGCCAAUAUCCGGACAGCAAAACCGGACUUAAACCGGGCGUCACAAAACUGUCCAGGUGUGUAUUAUGAUCGGAUACUUCAUUCGACAUUUAUUAUUUUUUUAUUUUUUCGAUUUGAUUUAAAUCGAAUGGCGAAAAAUAAAAUCGACGAAUUAUAACUUACGGCCAUUGUUUUUAUUUUCGACGCAGUUUAAUCGCUUCGUGGUUCCUGUCCGGACAAACGGGUACGCCGUUCUGGAAACUUUACAACGCCGCGACCGAGGACCACAAUUGUUCGGUGAGUACAGUGUUUUACGCCGUCGGACCACCGACUGUUUUGUUAUGAUAAUUUGACGGCGGCGAGUGAUAUUCGCACGUAGAAUAUGGCGAUGUCUCGUGCGUGACGAAAAAAACCCGCGACGACGAUAUAACGAUUAAAAAAAAAAAAAAAGACCUCGGACAAUUAUAUUUUAUGUCGUGGAUACAUUAUAGAUUAUUUCGCGAACGAUCUAUCGAAGAGAAAAAAUAAAACAAAAAAUUACUCUCAACUCGCAUUCAAUAUUGUAUUGGGUUUUUUAAAAAUAAAAAAAAAAAAGCAAAAGCCAUGUCCAAGAAUAAUGGGGACGGGUGCAGCCACUGUUAUGUAGGCAAGAUUAACGAUAAACCAUUAUUACUAACGAAAACACAAUUCUGAGGGGAAUUCGACUGAUAGUGUUCCUUUGUCAACAAUUUAUAUGUUACAAUAUUAUAUGAUAAAAUAAUCACAUAUGCAUUAUAUUUGUUUUCUUUAAUAAUAUAUUUUACCUAUUUUCCCGUUUUUCCUAAGUUUUUUCCCAUUUAUUGGGAAAACUUCUGAGAAAAUCGAAAAAUAAUUUCCCUAAAGUACCUUCCCAGUUAGAUUUCCUUUUAGAAAAUGUGCUCUCGGAGCAAAAUUGCUGGUAGAAAAAUUGUCCACAGAGAAAAAAAUAAACAUCUUUGUAAAACCAACACGCAUUCCGAGCAAGCUCCACCAUAAUCUAAAAUUAGUACGAAUGAUUUUUUUUUUUUUUGACAAACCCUCGAUAUUAUUCGGUGGGAAAAAUUAUUCCCACUUCACGUAGAUAUCAAUAAUACACUUGCACAAUAUUAUUGUAUCACCGCCGAUCAAAUUGUUCGCGUUUUUAUUCGACGGACAUAUUGUUCACGGUUUUAUAACGCUUCCGUGUUUACAGACUAAAUACCCGGCUAGCUGUCAAGAAUUCCACGAGGAAGAUUUGCGGGCCACCACAGAAUAUUUCCACAACGAACUCUAACCGUAAUAUUGUAAAACAAACUGCAGUUCAAAGGACCAUCAAAAUGGCGGAUAUCCACAUCCGUUAAAUAAUUAUUAUUCACAUUUCGAAGGCUGUUUUAUUGAUUUUGGUUUUUUAACAAUGUUAUUACAUAUAAUGUAUAAUGUCGUGUAAGUAUUCGAUAACUUUAAACGGGGUGUACACUAGGUUACUCGGGUACUUAAACCUAGUUUAAGCCACCAUUGAUAAUAUUAUAUUAUUUAUUACCUUAAUUUUAUUAUAUUAUAAGCGCAUCGACUAAAUCAACGUUUUUUUUUUUUUUUUUUUUUUUUGUAAUGUAAAAUAACUAUAUUUAUAAUAAGGUACGAAUUGGCGGAAAUAAUUUCAUGUCGAUAGGUUUUUUUUAAAAAAAUUUUCGCGCCCCGAAAUGCCGCGCAACUGUUUUUCAAAAGUUCCAUAAAAUAAAUAUUGCGACUAACGUCUACUCGUAUUCACGUGAUUAAAACUGUAAACAAAAAAUAAUAACAAUUUAACAUUUUACGUCAAAUUUUUUGGUCCGUGGAAUAUCUGUAUAAUAAUUGGUAUUGUCGUUGUAACGCACAGUCUAUAAUACUUUCACGGAUUGUCGAAUCAACGGACAACAAUCAAAAUCGAUGUUUAGACUCACUCGUAUGCGAUACCCCGCCGUCGCCGACGAGCAUUUCGUGACAUUUUUGAUGAUAACAGUUUAGAUCACAGACCACACACACACACACAUAUGUAUAUAUAUAUAUAUGUGUGUGUGCGUGUGUGAUGUGUCUGAACACGUAAAAGAAAGUAUAGGCGUCUCUUUUGUAUACAUGUAUUUAGUUUAUUGAAAACAAUAUUAUAAUUUAUUUAUUUUUUUCUCUCACAUUUAAAACGCGUACACGCGAUCGAAAACGAUUAAUUUAGCAAUUGUCGCGUCUCGACAAUGUAACUAUUAUUAUAUCAUAAUAAUGCCGUCGGGUACUGCCUGCCGGUACAAUGGACGAAUUCGACUUGCGUCUCUGUAAAACAUCGAGAUGAAUACAAUUUUGUUCCGCGGAUUUGGAUUCGAUUACUGUGGUCUCGGCGGCCUUUUUACCGAACGGUUUUCGCGGACUUUGACAGCGCGUCGAAAACGGCCGUUGGUCAUCGUCGUCGGCGCGUACCCGACGCGCGUGUAAUACGGGGGACCGUAAUGUUAUUGCGCAAACGUAAUUUAAUUGUACGCGUGUUAUUUUACAAUUUACAUAGUGCACCGCCUAAUAUUAACCGUACACCGUUGUACACGAAAAUCGCCGACUUUAACUGUGCGUAUCUAUCGGUAGUACAUUUAUAUAUAUAUAUAAAGUAAUAAAUGUUAUUAUAAUUAAUAUAUUAGCAAAUAUAGAAAUUAAAAAAAAAAAAAAAAAAAAAAACGAUUUUACUAAUUUUUACAUAUACCACUGAAACCGACUAUGUAUGGCGAUUGGCGCAAAGACGUUCUUGUAUACAACGAUUUUUACAUGGAUAACGCGUUACUUCUUUUUUACAUUUUGACCGAUCCAUUCCAGUCCUUCCUGAGUGAAAGAAAGAAAAAAAAAAAAAUGUUUGGUAAUAUUAAUAAAUCGUUUAAAUUGUAUACGUAUUAUAUUAUAAUAUAUCUAUAAGCCUGUCGCAAUGUAUGAUAUUAUUUUUUUUUAUUAUUUAUUUAUUUAUUUAUUUAAAUGUACGGUUUUAAAAUGACUUUAGCUAGCUAUAGAUGUACCUUAAUGUAUACCUAUAUAUUAUUGUACUUUACUCUUUAAAUAAUAUAUCAUUAUACGUAUUACUAUAACGCACGAUAAUCGAAGUGUGAUAUUACAAUUUAUUUUCGAUUUAAUAUUAAUAUAUCAUUAUGUGUAUACA